AUGUCUUCAAAGGAGUCUUCGAAAGACCGCAACAGGGUAAACAAGCGAGGAGCCCCGCGUCGUCGCAAGAUUGCACUAGCCUGCGAGACAUGUCGAGAAAAGAAGGUGCGGUGCGACGGAGCGAAGCCGAUCUGUGGACCUUGCUCCCAGCGCUCCUACUCGAUUGAUCGAUGCGUCUACAAAAUCGAAAAUGCCCGCUCGGCCAGUAACGAUGCAUACUUGAAAGUGCUCCACGACAGAAUUCGAGAACUAGAACAAGUAUGCGCGCAGAAUGGUGUUGCGACCCCGGCUCCGGCUGCGUCGCAACUUAUCGAAGGAGAGACUGAACCCACUAGCGAUAUCAACGAAUCGCGGCCUAAGAAUAGCGACUUAGAUCCCGAGUCUCGCGCUUCUGUUGCGGCGGAGGGGUUGCUUGGGCUGGGAUCUCAUGUAUCCGUUUCACGGCCUUUUUUGACACCUGCUCCACAAGGGACAACUCCUUGUCUGCAAACAUAUCAAUCGCCUGUACGUUCGUCUCAACCGGGAGCCAGAGACCCUGGCUCAUCGCUGGAGAACUCACGUCAUCGUGGAUCUGUUCAAUUUUUGCCUGCGCAUAUGUAUUCUUCACCGUCAAAUUCAAAUCCAAAUACAAAUUCCCGUGGUAGUGUGACAGCAAUGGGUUCAAUAUCCGUUGCAGAUGACGGGGAAUGCGCCGAUUCACCACGGGAACAGUACUAUGGAAAAUCUUCUGCAGCUUCGUUUAUGCGCCUUGCAAGAGACUCAGUGCCCAUUCGAUCCUAUCUCCAGGCACUGAAGAAGGUAGAUUAUGAGACUCCAAAUACCCUGAACCGUGAUACGGGCCUUUGGCAAGAUAUCAACACCACAGCAACUCCAUCGGGAUUCCAUAUCGACGACUUCUCACUUCCUCCGCGACCAUUGGCUGACCACCUUCUUGAAUGCUAUUGGGAAAGAAUAUACUGUCUUUAUCCAUUUUUUCAUCGGCCAAGCUUUGAACGAGCGUACGAAAACCUCUGGGGCUCAGUUAAAUGGCCGAAGCCCAAUUUACCCGACCUGAACAUCGGCUUGGGGGGCUCAUUUGAUUCUGGGCCGCAGUCGAUUAUUUUCCAUACUGCAUUGAAUGCCAUCUUUGCACUGAGCUGUCACUUUUCGGAUAUUCCUGCUGGGGAACGCGAGGCUGCAGCAUACUCAUUUUUCCUUCGGGCCAAACGCUUUAUUGGUCUAGACUUUUUGGAUACCGACACGAUUGGCGUGGUACAGACUUUUCUUAUUGUUGCAUUGCUUCUUCAGAGUACGCCAUACACAAACAGAUGCUGGAAUGCAAUCGGGCUCGCAUGUAGAGUUGCCCAGGGCCUCGGAUUGCACGAGACGACAACACCAAAAUCAAUCACACCUUUGGAGAAGGAGAUUCGACGUCGGACUUGGCAUGGCUGUGUCAUGAUGGAUAUGAUCUUGAGUAUGACCUACGGUAGACCAAGUAUGACAUCCCACAUAUCGCCCGUACAUCCCGUCCCUCUUCCCGCAAUGCGACCCCAAUCUCAAGCCGAAGAUCCAUGCGCACUCAGUGGACAGCCCUGUGAUCAUAAGCUAGGACAUAUCACUUUCUACGCCUCCACCAUUGAGCUUUACAAAAUCCUUGAAUCCAUUCUAGCAGAUGUUUAUAAUGCAUGGCAGGGUCAAUCUGAUCACCACCGCACCAUUUCUAUUCAGGGAACACGCCAAAAUAGCCUUGAUGUCAUAAUGGAAUUAGAUGAUAGGUUAUCUGCCUACGAAACCAACAUCUCUCCGGUACUUAACUGGACCACCCCACAGCAGUAUUUCAGCCCCGAAAACCACCCACAGCCAGUACUUCAGCGCCAGCAAAAUGUGUUGCGGGCAAGAUUCAUUCAUCUCCGAUUACUAUUGUAUCGCCCCAUGUUUACACAGCUUUGUUCUGAGGAACGCAUGGAUCUUACAAGGCAGAACGGCAGCGACAGAAGCGCGAGUGCGGCCCGUCUCGGAAAGAAUGACAUUUACACCUCUAUGUCCGUGAACUGCGCCACAUCAUGCGUGAACGCGGCCAUUGAAUUGGUAUCACUCGUAUACGAGACAUAUAGGACAUCUCUAACGGAUGCCUGGUGGUACAACGGCUUUUAUACAUCUACAGCAGGAUUUGUACUGAUAAUGUCAUAUUCCUGCUCCUCGAUCUUGAAAAAAAUUGAUGCGCAUCUUAUCGCUGAAACAUGGCGCAAAUGCGAGAAGAUUCUUACUCACAUGGCAUCCUUCAGUCUCUCGGCACGCAACUCGUUACAAUUUCUCCAGGUCACGCACCACCACAUUGUACAAAACUACACCAGUAUGUCUGCUCCAAGCUUCGACCUCAGAAAUGGCUACUCACUCGCCUUCAAUCCAGCGGUAUCUCAUAAUGAAGGAAAUGGAUCUCUAGGCCCUGAUCAUGCUCAAUCUCAGCAGCGAAUGAAUACACAGUCGGAGAUUUCUCCCCGCACUAAUGAAGUUUUACCGGAGGAACUUGGUCUACGUGAUAUGGAUCAUACUAGUGGCCUGGGCAUCAACCCUUUGACGAGUUGGGAUGAGAUUGGAUUGGGACAGGAGGAGUUUGGCUUUCUUGGAAGAUUUGAUGUGCCGGAUAUUGCUAGCUGGUUUCCUGAUCUACCCGAUCCAUCUUUGCCGACCUAG